ACAGGAGGGCGUGUUUGGCUCCAGGCUCAUCUUCCUGUUACCGUUCUGGAGGAGACCGAGUUCUUUCAUAGGCAAAUAUAACAGUUAUUGCUCUGAUCGUUUGAAUAUAAUGUUUACCGUUCUGCUCAUUUGCGGAGGAGUCGUCGGGUUUUACCUGCUGCUGUGCGUGACGGUGUUGCACCUGCCAAAAUGUAAAAGUAUGGCCAAGCUGCGCGGGAAGACCGUGAUCGUGACUGGAGCAAACACUGGCAUCGGCAAAGCCACCGCGCUGGAUCUGGCGAAAAGGGGAGCUCGAGUGAUUCUAGCCUGCAGGGACGAAAGCCGAGCUCGGGCUGCUGUCACAGACAUCCAGAGGGAAUCAGGAAACAAAGAGGUGUUGUAUAUGCAUUUGGAUCUGGCCAGUCUGAAAUCUGUCAGGUCUUUCACUGAAAACUUUCUCAAGAAAGAAUCCAGAUUGGACAUCCUUAUCAACAAUGCAGGACUUGUAAUUGAUGGCAAGACUGAGGAUGGCUUUGGAAGGAUCUUUGGCGUCAAUCACCUCGGUCAUUUUCUGUUAACCAUCCUGCUGUUGGAAAGGUUAAAAGAGUGCGGCCCAAGCAGAGUUGUGACAGUCUCUUCAAUGGCCCAUUGCUGGGGAAAAAUUGAUUUUGACUGCAUCAACACUCAUAAAGAUUUGGGUUUAGGAAAUUCUGCAGUGGCCUUAUUAGGGACGUACAGUCAUAGCAAACUCUGCAAUGUCCUGUUUACGCAUGAACUGGCCAAGAAACUCAAAGGCACAGAUGUCACCUGCUACAGUCUUCAUCCAGGGGCCAUCAAAACGGACAUUGGUCGCCACAGCAAUUUGUGGUGGCGGCUGUUCAUGGCACCGAUUUUCCUGCUUUUCUUUUCGGACGUGGAAUCUGGAGCUCAGACGUCUCUUUACUGUGCACUUCAAGAGGGUAUUGAACCCUUAAGUGGACGCUACUUCUCUAGCUGUGCGGUGCAGAAUGUUUCUGCUAAAGCCAGAGAUGAUGCAGUAGCCAAAAAGCUUUGGGAAGUCAGCGAGAGGCUUGUUGGUUUAGCAUGAAAUCAUCAGUUUCAUUACACCUGUAUGGAUUUGCACUUGCACAGAUUGCGUAGUGGCACCUAUGGGCAACUGUGUUAGACAAAUCUGUGUUUCUGCAUAUUAUAAAUGGCCUGUGUCAGUAAAAUCUUGCAGCUCAUAACAUGCUCUGACAGCAAAAAAAUGAGCUGUUAACUCUUCUAACUCUUCUAUGUUUUACAGAUAGCGUUUGUAUACACAUUUUGAAUGUAACACAAACCGCUGUGUAUAUUAUACGUUUUCAUUUCCUGAAGUUUAUGGGACCAGGUUUCCACUGCAUAAAUCAUGUUUCUUUGUCAUGCCAAAGUAAAGACGUAACUCACUGGGUGUGUCUGGGGAUACCGAAGCCUUACUGUGCUGAAUGUGUCACCUCUCCCAGUUAGAAUAUGUAAGUGGUUUAAUAAAAAAACAAUAUGCAUCAUCACCUGCGAAUUGCAGGUGUCACAAAUACGUCAA